GGUUGCUUUGCUUAUCUCAAUGACUAUAAAUAUCUUUGCUGAGACUUUGAUACCACUGGCAUCAUACCAAGGGCAAAAUGGCUGAGAAGACUGCUGACUUCCCUGUAACGCUUGUAAACACCUUGACCAGAUUUGUUUUAACCGGGAAAAGCUUACUCCAAAUCGCCCAAGGAGAGGUUGAAACUGGAUCCUUGCAAGAUUUCAUUAGGAACAAAAUCAGUAUUGAGAGACCAAAAUCACUUCUGGGGUUGAUCGAGGCAGGUGCUGAAUUAUACAAAGGUUUAUCUGUGAAGACGAAAAAGGAAGCGGAGUUCCUUUGGAGCAGCAAGUUCCGUUACGCAGAGGUACAGGAGACAGUGGAAACCCUUUUACAGCUCAGUGCUGAGUGGGAUGCGUUCCUGGAGGGGCUUGACCGUAAGCUUCCGCUAAGAAAUGGCCCCCUCAGCCACACCGUGACAGUGACAUCUCUGCCAGCUGACACUGUGUUCACAGAUGCCCGCAAUGGGGAUGCUGUGAGUUUAGGUAAGUACCUUGGGAAAGGCAGUAAAACCCUGUUGGUUUUAAUACGCCAGUUCUCCUGCCUCCUUUGUCGCCUCCACCUCAAGGAACUAGAGGCCCGUCAGGGGGACCUAGAUCAACGAUCCCUCCGAGUUGUGGUAGUUUCAUUUGGCUGCCAGGAGGGGGCGCUUCACUGGCUGAAGGAAACAGGUUGCCCUUAUGACAUGUUGCUGGACCCUCAGAGGAAUGUGUAUUCUGCCUUUGGCUUCAGAGUGUCUCUCUCGCACGUUUUGAGUUUUAACAACAUGCUGCAGUACUCUGAGUUUAUCCUCAGCAACCUUGAGUUCCCACGACCUUUGCCAACAAUUCAGGAUGAUAUGUUCCAGCUGGGUGGUAACGUCAUCCUUGAUGACAGUGGCAGAGUGCUCUUCUCUCAUGGCUGCACCAGCCCCUUGGACAGGCCUGGAGUGGACGACAUCCUAUCUGCCAUCAGCUGACCACUGCCCAGAAACAAGGGGAGCAUGUCAAUUCAAAAGUUGCAAAAGCUAAACAUAGAUAAAUGAAAGAUGUAUCCCACUGUCAUUAGUUAGCCAUAUGCAUUUGGGUCAUUCCAUGCCAAAUCACCUAGAGGUCCCCACAUGACCCCCAUUAAGUUCUAAAAUGAUGCAAAAAAUAAAAUGUCCCUUGUUUAAAUACAAA